AUGGGAUGCAAGUGCAGAACCAUGAAUCCUAUCCUGCAAGGUUUUCUGUUUCUACUGCUGCAAGAAGUCAGUACAGCUAUGGAAGAUGAUGUACGAUCCAGCUGUCGUACUGCUCCAAAUGACCUAGUUUUCAUUUUGGAUGGUUCCUUCAGUGUAGGACCGGAUAAUUUUGAAAUAGUCAAAAACUGGAUUAUUAAUAUAUCUAGCAGUUUUGAAAUAGGGACAGCCUUUACACAAGUUGGUGUUGUGCAAUAUAGUGAUGAUCCUUUGCUAGAAAUCCCAUUGGAAGAACAUGGGUCCAAUGAAGACUUAAUGGAAGCAAUGGCAGCCAUCUCAUAUAGGGGUGGAAACACUAGGACAGGAAAAGCCAUAACAUUUGGAGUUAAUAACGUGUUUGCUACCUCGACUAGGGCUGCUAAUACAGUUACUAAAGUGGCAAUUGUACUUACGGAUGGAAAAUCUCAGGAUGAUGUGAAAGAGUCAGCAGAGGAAGCAAGGAAAAGGAAAAUUAUAUUAUUUGCAAUUGGGGUUGGUCAGGAAAUAGAAGAUGCCGAGCUUCAAGCAAUUGCUAAUAAGCCAUCAUCUACCUAUGUGUUCUAUGUAGAGGACUACUCUGGUAUCUCCAGAAUUAGAGAAAUAAUGAAACAGAAACUAUGCGAAGAAACUGUCUGUCCUACAAGAAUACCUGUGGCAUCACGAGAUGAAAAAGGAUUUGAUGUCCUUGUUGGAUUAGAUAUUAGGAAGAAGGCCAGUGGAAUUCAAGGCUCAUAUCAUGGGAAAAAAGCUUACAGGGUUACAGCUCUGACUGAUUUAACAGAAAGAACGAGCGAUAUCUUUCCUGAUGGUCUUCCUCCUUCCUAUGUCUUUGUGUCUACGUUACGAUUCACGAGGCCUGCAACAAAAGAAAAAUGGGAUUUGUGGAGAAUCUUAGCUUUAGAUGGCACAAUUCAAACAGCUGUUACACUGAAUGGAGAAGACAACACCGUGAUUUUUCAUACAACACAAGUGGUGAAUGAUACACAGUCUGUGACCUUCACAUCUGCACUUAUAAAGGCAUUGUUUGAUGAAAAGUGGCACCUUCUGCGAGUCCUUAUAACAGAAAGAGAUGCUACUUUAUAUUUGGAUGAUAAAUUUAUUGAGACAAGACAACUAAAUCCUGUUGUUGGUAUCUUCAUUAGUGGAAAAACACAGAUUGGAAAGUACUUUGGGAAAGAAGCAACUGUACCAUUUGACGUUCAAAAAUUAAGGAUUUACUGUGACCCAGAACAGAAUCAGCGUGAAACUGCUUGUGAAAUUCCAACUACUUGUGACAAUAGUCUUGAUGACAUUUUUGCAACAUCACCACCAUGUACAUGCUCCCCAGGGCCACAGGGCCCUCAAGGAAAAAAGGGAGAACCUGGACUGCCAGGGAAAUAUGGUGAUCCAGGAAAACCUGGUGCAGAUGGUAAGCCUGUGAGUCCUAAAUGGUUUACUCACUUCUUUUUAAAGAAAACUAUUGAAAUCCAGGAUUACCUGGAAAACCAGGAGUACCAGGACGUCAGGGAAUUCAGGGAUCACAAGGAUUUCGUGGCUAUAAGGGGCAAACAAGGUGAUCCAGGUUUACAAGGAUUAUCAGGACAACAAGGCCCCAUGGGUCCUCGGGGCUUGAAAGGAGAACCGGGCCGACACGGUUUUGAUGGUAAAAAGGGUACAAAAGGCGACAAAGGUUCUCAGGGCUAUCCAGGAUUAAAUGGGUUUCCAGGUCGACAUGGUGAAAAUGGAAAAAAUGGCCUACCCGGGAUUCCUGGCACAAAGGGUGAACAUGGAGAAGUUGGUUUACCAGGACUGGAUGGGUCAACAGGACAGCCUGGUAUUCCAGGAAUACCAGGACAUAUGGGUCCAAUGGGUCACAAGGGGAAAGAUGGACAUCCAGGCAAAAAAGGAGAUAGAGGGCCUCCUGGAGCAAAUGGUGAAAUGGGGCUGCCAGGUAAAUCUGGUUCACAAGGAUUACCAGGGCCAAAGGGUGACAAAGGUGAACGAGGACCACGAGGAAUUAAGGGACAAGGUGGCAGUAAGGGUUGGAUGGGAGAACCAGGGUUACCAGGUCAACCAGGACAUUCUGGAAUGCCUGGGAUGAGUGGAAUAAAGGGUUCCAAAGGAAAUGCAGGUGUCCAGGGAAGGCAGGGCAAUAGGGGUAUACCAGGAAUGACAGGGAUGCCAGGGCUACAGGGUCCAAGGGGAUUAGCAGGAUCAAAAGGAGAGAGAGGUGAAUUGGGAUAUCCAGGCACUCCAGGCAUUAAAGGUCAAAAGGGAGAACCUGGCAUUCCUGGUGGAACUGGGUCUCAAGGCCCUAAAGGAAACAAUGGACUUCCAGGAAAACCAGGAGCACCAGGACAAAAAGGAAUUUCUGGCCGAUUCAUUUCAGAUGAAUACAUCCGAGAUAUUUGCAGGGAUGUGCUAAGAACUCAACUACCUUCACUUUUGCAAAACCAAAGAAAUGAAAACUUAUGGUACUGCCAGCAAUGCAAGGGAUCACCUGGCCCUCCAGGCCCAGCAGGAUUACCAGGACUUCCAGGUCCAAGUGGUUUCCCUGGUUUAGAUGGUAACCAAGGUCAACCAGGUUCUUCAGGCUUACCAGGCCCUCCAGGAAUCCAAGGAUUCAUGGGACCCCCCGGUCAGAAAGGUGAGAAAGGUGAGAGAGGAGUCGGAGAUCCUGGACACCAAGGUCUACCAGGAAUGCCAGGGCCUAUAGGCUUGCCAGGAAUUAGUAAAGAAGGCUACCCAGGAAUACCAGGUUCACCUGGAAAAGAUGGAGCUCCUGGAAAAAUAGGCAGGUCUGGACCUCCUGGUCCUCCUGGAACAUGCCAGCCAUUUCUAUGUCAUCAAGCAUUUGGAAGAGAUCCAUUCAGAAAAGGACCAAACUAUUGAAGCUUUAUUGACAUCUAGUAGUACAAACUAAUUUUAUAAUUGUAAGUUUAUAAAAGUAAGUUUAUAAUUGAUCUUACUCAAAAUUGUAUGUAUCAUUGAAAUGUCUGAAAAGUAGUCUCAGGAAGAUUUACACCAGAAACUAUAUAUUAUCAAUCAUCUUUUCAUACUGUUGCCAAAAUGAGAAGAGUAUCAACAGCAUACAAGAAAUCAUUAACUACUUUGUUGUUAGUCUUCAUGCUAGUCUUCUGUUUCAUUUACAUUAUUUGUAUUUGUUGUUUAAUGCAAUGUCAGAGAUGGAGAAGUCAGAAAUUGUAGCAUACGUUAUUGAGCUUUGUUAGCAGUUACGAUAACUUUGAUAAAAUCAUUAUCAAUCCCUCAAUGCUAUGUGCUGCUUUUUAUAUUUGGGCAACUUGAAUCUGAUAUGGCCACCUCCUUUAUGAUGUCAAAAAUUGUAAAGAUGUUCCAAGAAAAAUGUACUCAAAAUGUAAUUUUCCAAAGACAUGUUCUCUUAUUUUAAUGAAACUGUUCUCAUUGCAGUUUAUCAGUAAUUUUAAAGCCAAAAGGGAAAACUAGUUCAUAAAUACUUAGCCAACCAUGCUUUAUUAAAAUAUUGUACAGUAUGUACAGUACUGGUUAUCUUUUACACAACAUCAGCUUGAUUUCUGAACAGUAAAUAUUAGUCUAUAAUUUAAAUAAAUUAAGACUUAUUUAUCUUAAAAUAUGCCUACCUAUCAUACAUUUCUGUAGCAGUUCUCACUGGCUAAUAAUUCUUUGUUAAUAUGGUUUGGAAAUUAAACUAUGUUCAAUUCAAGGUCCGUCUCUUUUUAAAAAAAUUUGGAGGCAUCGACUAUCAAAAAUUUUUCAACUCGCAUGAAUUGAUAUUUUGCACAAUAUUUUCAUUGUCAAUGUUCAUAAUAAGAC